AAUUUGAAUUACACACCGCCUGUGAUGGUCUCGAUGCUUUAGAGAUACUGAGGAAGCUUCCUGAACCACCUGAUUUGAUUUUAUGUGACAUAAACACACAAAACAUGAACGGUUUGAACGCGCUUAGAUCCGAUCCGGAGAAUCAGUUUAUUCCGGUGAUUUGGCUAUCCACAAAAAUGGGCAAGAACGCUAGCAUAGAGGAAAAAGAAGCGGAUGAUUAUUUGAUAAAACCGUUUUGUGCUAGGGAGUUGAUUGUUCGAGUCAGAGCCAACAUUAAACUCUCGUGUAUUCGUCGGAAAUUAUUAUUGCAGCAAAAAUGGCAAUUAGAAACCAAAGAUCUACUAUUUUCUAUAAAUCAAAAAAUUCGUUCUGGAUUUAAUAUAAAAGAAACGCUAGCCUCCGUCGUUAGACAAAUUCAAAAGAUAUUACCCAGUGAACGGGUAUUUAUCAUUAACACUAACUCUGAGAAUUGCAAGGAGUUUUAUCUAAUCGCUUUGGCGUCCAUCUAUCCAAACGAACACGAGCAUGUGGGAAAACCACUAGAUCAUAUAAUUUCAGAUAAUGAUAAAACCCCUUCAGGCGUUCCAUUUGAGCCAAUUUCGGAGACAUUUCGGAUCCUUCAAUGUAGACCUAACAUGGUUGUGAGGGAAAAUAUAUACUCGAGAUUAGUUGGUGAAUACGUUUCCACGAUUUUCACGCCAAUUAAAACGAACUCAUCAACCUGGGGAUGGCUGUUUACUUAUAGACCACCAAACAGUAUUUGGUUAGAUUCGGAAAAAGAGUUUGUCGAACAAAUUUCAAAUCAAAUUGGUUUGGCAAUUACACACGCAACACUAAUGGAAGAAAAAUUGAAAAAAGAGGCUCAAAUGGAAGCUGCAAGAGCUGCUAAUGAAGCCAAAGGACAAAUCUUGGCUAACACCUCUCACG